GCGCUGCCGUGUCCCUGAGGAGGAUGGGAUGCGGGGUGCAGCGUCUGGGUGCAGCGGGACUCAGGAGCCUGCGGGAAACAAAGUACUGCGAUCUUCUGCACCUUGAGCUGUGCCGUGGGGACGUGGAGUGCCCUGCACAGGGUCAAGCAGACUUAGCAUUGCAGAAUGGAGAACUAUAAGAAGACCAAAAUUGUGGAGAAACCUUGUCCUCUUCCUUUCACUGACCUGCCCGCUGAUAUUAUUGAAAUGAAGGUGAAGGAUGGGAGCAAAAUCAGAAAUCUGAUGGGCUAUGCCAUGAGCAAGAUGGAACAGGACUCGGUGAGGCAGAUUCUUUUCACUGGCUCAGGCAAGGCCGUCAGCAAGACCAUCACCUGCGUGGAAAUCAUGAAACGAAGGCUGAAGGAGCUGCACCAGAUCACCAAAGUGCUCUUCAGACAGAUUGAAGAAAUCUGGGAGCCCAUUGUGCCUGAGGCAGGCCUCGAUGCCUUGACAGUGAAGAGGAACAUUCCUGCCAUUUGUGUCCUGCUGAGUAAAGAUGCCCUGGAUCCCCAGGAGCCGGGGUACCAGGCCCCGGGAUCUUUCGAUGCCUUCUGGACUGAGACACUGAAAGCAGAAUCGCAGGGCCAGAUGAAGCGGAAGCAGGGCGGAGGCCGGGGAGCUGCCAGCACGGGGAAGCACCCUCGCUCCACAGGGGGAGUGACGGGCGGGCCCUGAGGCGGCGGCCCCGCGUGGUUCAGGGGAGCUGCAGAAACCAGCCCGGGGCUGUGGCUGCACAGCUGCUGCUGAACACGGGGCUCACACAGGUCUGAGGGGAGGGCAGGAGGAGCGGACUGAUGCAACUGGGUGUGAUCCUGGCUGUCUGAAAAUGGGUUUUGACAAGUUCCCUUGCCAGAGGCUGCUGGGCUGUAUUCCUUAGGGGAUCGCGGAAGAUGGGAAUUGCCUCUGCUUGUGCAAGAACUGUUGGUGUGCUGUCAGCGAGCCCCAGCGAAGGGCUGCACGCUCAGUGAGGUUUCCGGUGCCUGGGCGUGCAGCAGCCUGGGCAGUGGGACAGACACCUGUCUGUGUGCCAGGUGCAGGUUGCUCUGACCAGUACAAAGGGGAGACAGGACCUGAUGUGGAAUCCCUGGGAAGCUGCCAGCGCCGCCCUGGCUCAUGAACAUACAGACAGCAGGGCACAGUUGUGCCAUUUCUGUGCCUGAAGAGUCCUGCUGAGCCUGUCAGGGGGGUGGAAUGUAGGACUGCCAGGAUGCAGCUCUGUGUGGCGUCAUGUGCAGGUAGCUCCUUGGCUCAGCAGAGCUGGUGGUUGUGCAUCUCUCUCCAAACAGGCAGCAGUCGACUCGUGUUGUAACCAGCCUGAAAUCCUGUGGCUCUGCAGCUGUCCUGGGGUGGUGGUAACAGGAAGCUCCAAAGGAUCCUGUUUGUUCCCCUUUCUGCUCCUUCAUAAUGCACAAAGAUGGUUUUAAAAUAAAGAUGUUACUUCAUGUAA